AUGGGGAAAGGGGAUACCGACAUAUUCUGGAUCACAGCCGUAUCGCUCCCGAUUCCCCCGUGGCCGAAAAAUGUGGUCCAGUCCAAAGCGGUUCUUCUUCACCCUGGCAAUGCAAGAAAGGUUGACAAAUUUGUCGUGUUGAGGAACAUGAUCGACCGCCAGGGGCGCAUACAUCUUAACCUCGUUGUUCUUUUCCGGCUCCUCUUACGAUGUCAACAUCUGGCCUUCGAUCACGCCCACUUCUGGACCUUCAUUCGCGACCACUGCGGUAUGGAAACUCUCAACUGUCGAAUGGCCGAGGAACUUGCAGAAAUCUACUCGGAUCGUCGCCGCGUAUACCUGGAAACCAAAAAGAUUUUCCCUAAGCGACAUAACUUCUUAAGUAGUCUCAUCGACGCAUGGAACUCCCGAGAUCCUGACCCGCCAGCCCAUGCCCGGCCGACAAACCAGGAACUUGUAGCAGAAUGGAACUACGUUGAGAAGUCAUGGCUAUGGCUAAUGGAGCACGACCGGAUGUCAAUCAUUGACCCGGAAAAUCCGCCCGUGUAUGGGGCUUUCCCCGCAAAGAAAGGUACACCUUCAAGCUUUCAAAUAAAAGGUGGAAGCAUACGCAGCACCGGCAAGGAUCUCGCCUCGCGCAUCUCGGCACCAUCACCCCAGCGUCAACGUAGAGGGUCUUCCACUAGUCUCCACGGCGAGAAGGUGCCUCCCGGCAAGGUCUUCUCACGCCUUUCGAUGCCAUCACCUGACAGGCAACGUAGAGCUUCUUCCGGCCACGAUUCCAUCAGGCCGUCUACUCCGGGUGCUUCAGAAAGAGCCAUCGAUGAUUUCAUUCAAAGCGAAGGGCGGAAAAGGAAGCUUAGUCCCGAAGCACCCGAUUCUCUAAAAAGGCAAUGCAUUCCGGAAUCUUCGCCAUGCUCCCCGCGACUAGACUCGCAGCUCACUCCUUGUCACAAGAAGCCCUCGAGCCAAGUGAUGAGCAGCCAAGACCAUCAGCAGACAUCCACGCACCACGGGGCUACAGACAUCAUGCUUGAUACAAGUCAGGAUCUAGCCAAAGAACAACACGAGACAUGUGACACGUCCCUGAACAAUCUAGCCACUAUUGGACACCAGAAAGAGGCACCCCAUGGCGAUGAGUUACUCCAAUUGCUCGAAACCAGAGUUGGGCAAAACGACGAGACUAUGCAGCUCUUGAAAGAACAAACAAACCUCGUCAUGGAAUCUGGGGAGCUUUCAAGGGAGAUUCAAAAAGCACACGACCAGCUCAACCUGCUCACUGCCUCAAAGUGCCAAGAUGCGCUGCAAAAGGUGGACGUGCUCAGUAGCCAGAUAAACAACCUUGUUGCGGAGAUAAUGGCAUGUCGCAAGUCGGAUCAAGAGAUUCAACAACGACAGCAAGGCCAGCAGGACCUUAUCAAAAGCCUCGAAGGCGAUAUGCAGACGUUGAACCAAGAGAUGAAGGAAGUCAAAAAUGGUCUUCUUUCGAAGACGGAUUCUCCUCAAGCCCGCGAGACAAGCAACCAAGCAGCCAGAAUACGACUAGAAGAUCGGAACGGGGUGGACGAUCAACAGAGCAUUCGGAUGGAGACACGGCUAGCCGUUUUGGAAGAGCGAAUGGGCACGCGAAUUGACUCGGCCCUGUCGCCCUCCAGGACCUUUGAAGAGCGCCUUGAGAGGAUAGAAAGGGCCACUGCCGAUCAAGUACCGAAUGCCGAAUACAUGCCUCGGAUUUUAAAGAUGGAGGAGGCCAUCGCCAUCAGCACAACCCUGAUUAAUAACUGCAGAACACUCGUCGACGUUAGCAGAGCCUCCUUAGAUCAACACCUAGGCAUCCUCCAUAAUCGCAUCGCAACGAUGGAGGCCCGCCUUACGAACCAGGUUGCUGAACAGGCUGAGGCAAAGAAAGAACAAACCAAGAGAAUGGAUCGAAUCGAGGCGGAGCUUCAACGUCAAAAGGAGACAGCAUCUACACCACAGCAUCUAACGUCGGCCGUCAGCAUGCAUCCGAAGCUAGCGGCUUCCAGGCCCAAAUGA